UCGCUUAUUUACAAACUAAAUUAAUUAUCUGCGAUCAAUGCGCGAAAUAUAUAACAUUGUAAUAUAAAUCAUUCUAAGUUUCAGUCAUUACAUGGGCGUCACACCUAGAGUGCCUCGAAGAUACCUGAAAGAUAUUGGACGAAAAUAUUAUACAUACUUUCCAGAUAAUCUUCCAAAUAUAACAUUUUCAGUUGAAAUGAUUCGUCGUAGUCCAACUCGUAUUGAACUGAAGUUGGAUGACAUCCAAGAAUAUGAAUCCAUGAGGCGAGAACAAGAGAGUCGAAAGGAGCAGCAUACACCCAGCCAUAGUUCAUCUGCUGAGACAUGGGCAUCAGGUAUCCCUAAAACAAAGCAGGAGUUAAUACAUGAACGCAUUGGCUAUGCCCCACAGCCUCGCAUGACAUAGAAAGUAUGUUUGAAUAUCACUGAAGAAAUACUGAUUCACUGAAAAUAAAGAAUGUAAUUGCUGUAUAUGCUCAUUUCAUAUGGUGUUAUUGUUUAUUUAAUGAAAUACACAAUUGUCACAUAAAGUUAAGUCAACAUUUUGACAAAAUGCAAGACAGGUUCUCUAAAUUGAUUUGGAUGUCUUACUGAAGAAAAGAGAUGUAACAAAACCUAGGAGUAGAUGGCUUUUCUUCUGACCAAAAGGCUUCAAGCACACAAUCAUAUCACAAAAUGGCUAUACAGUCUGUUUAGAACCUAUAUGCCUCUCUAGUGCAGGCAAGUUCUUUUCUCCUAUGGAUGCACACAGUUAAAAUGUAACAGAAAAUUGACCUCUCCUUUCUACUUCAACAAUGUCAUAAAUUUUGAUAUUGGCAGCCCUUCCUAAAAUGUGUUCAAGGUAUUUACCCUAGGUUCAUGUGACAAUCCAGCCAGCCAUCAAACAUGGGUUAAACAAUGUUACAUAUCUCAUAGGGCAAUCUUUCAGGAAAAUUUCCAUCCAAUGGACACUUAGAAAUUAAAGGAAACAUGACUGGAAAAUACUAAGAUUCAAUCUGUAAAAUUAAGAUGAAGUACUUACCAGAAUGGGAUGCUAAUUUUAAAAAGUUUUUUCAUUAUG